AUGCCCGCAGACACCCCCGGGAAGCCCAGAGCGUCGCCGCUGGCAGGAGCGCCGGCCGGCGCCCACAGAACCCCGAAUGAGCCCCGAAGCGCGGCGGAGCACCGGAAGUCCUCCAAGCCGGUCAUGGAGAAGCGGCGCCGCGCGCGCAUCAAUGAAAGCCUCGCGCAGCUCAAGAGCCUCAUCCUGGACGCCUUCAGGAAGGAUAGCUCCCGCCAUUCGAAGCUGGAGAAAGCAGACAUCCUGGAGAUGACCGUGCGGCACCUGCGGAGCCUGCGGCGGGUGCAGGCGGCAGCCGCGCUCAGCGCUGACCCCGCCGUCCUGGGCACGUACCGCGCCGGCUUCAAUGAGUGUCUCGCGGAGGUGAACCGCUUCUUGGCCGGCUGCGACGGCGUCCCGGCCGACGUGCGUUCUCGGCUGCUUGGGCACCUGGCGGCCUGCCUGGGCCAGCUGGGGCCCUCGCGCCGCCCGGCUCCACCGCCCCCCGCUGCGGAGGCCCGGGCGCCCGAGGUCUUCCCGGGUUGCCCGCCGCUCCCGGUGUUCGAUCGCCCCUUCCCCUUGCUGCGUCCUGGGUCCGCCUUCGUGCUGCGGCUCCCGCCAGGCCUGACUGGGGCGCCCCGCAACGCCCCCAGGGCGGGGCUGCAGAACCGGGGCGCGCCCUGGAGGCCGUGGCUGCGGUGA